GGAAUCAAACGACUGACUCUCUGAUUAGACGCCCCACAUAUGAACCCAUAUCCCAAUAUAAGUAUGUAAUAUCAAUUCCCCAGUAAACUUCAUCUGUCAUUUUGUUCAUGGGCCCAGAGGAGCCUCCUGCAGGGCCCCUGACUCUUCUUCCUCCUGCAUGCACCACCUUCACUCUGAGGAAACACCGCCCUCUGGUGGCGACCGGCGGCGCUGCGCUGCAGGAGACGCCGCACCGUGUGUUUGUCUCUCUGCUGACACGUCCUGCUAGAUGAAGAGAUUAAAUUCCCUCUGAAACGUAUCACAUCACGUAUCACCCGGGACGAGGUCGAAUGAAACAGAUGAGAAAGUUGACUAGUAGAAAACAUAAUCAGGAUUAUGCAUAUGGUUAAUCCAGGGAUUAUUUCUCCACCCGUUUUACCAUCUCUCCUGCUUUUUCCGUACUAAAGUAGCUACGUCGCCUGCGUCGCUCCGCCCUCCGCUGCUGCUGCAGUUCCCUCCGAGCGGCGACCAGAGUUCCACCUCUGCACAUUAAAACUCAAUGUGAAGCCUGUUUUUCGUCGCGAGUGUCGAGCGCACACCUGGAUUCAAGCAGUGGGAUUAUAAAUGAUCUGAAUUAUGGAUUAAUAACCAGCUCCCGACACUGCAGGACGAUUCCGGACGCCGCUUCCACAUUUAGCGCCACAAUGUUUCAGACGCUACGGACGCUUUUACUACCGACCGCUCGCUGCUGGGAUGCCAACAGCGAGAGGUCAUACCAGGACCUGUUCGAGAGGCUCGACACCAACAAGGAUGGCAAAGUGGACGUCGCCGAGCUCCGAGCGGGCCUCAAGGCGAUGGGCAUAUUCCGGCAGGGUGCUGCACAGAAAAUCGUGUCGUCCGGAGACCAGAACAAAGAUGGGAGCCUGGACUUCAACGAGUUCUCCAGAUAUCUGAAGGAGCACGAGAAGAAGCUGCGGCUCACCUUCAAGAGUUUGGACCGGAACAACGAUGGGCGCAUUGAUGCCUCAGAGAUCCAGCAGUCCCUGGCGGAGCUGGGCAUGGACAUCAGCACAGAGAACUCCCAGAAGAUAUUACAGAGUAUGGACAUCGACGGGACCAUGAUGGUGGACUGGAACGAGUGGAGGGAACACUUCCUGUUGCACCCAGCCCAGAACCUGGGAGAGAUUGUCCGCUACUGGAAACACUCCACGGUGCUGGACAUAGGUGACAGUCUGGCCAUCCCAGAUGAGUUCACAGAGGAGGAGAAGAGCUCGGGCGGCUGGUGGAAGCAGCUGGUCGCAGGCGCAGUGGCGGGGGCCGUCUCUCGCACCGGCACGGCCCCUCUGGACAGGAUGAAAGUCUUCAUGCAGGUUCAUUCUUCUAAGACUAACCGGAUAAGCCUGAUAGGCGGCUUCAAGCAGAUGAUCAUGGAGGGAGGUCUGGCUUCACUCUGGAGGGGGAACGGGAUCAAUGUUUUAAAGAUUGCACCUGAGACGGCAAUCAAAUUCAUGGCAUACGAACAAUAUAAGAAGUUGUUAUCAUCAGAGGGAGAGAAGAUCGCGACACACAAGAGGUUCAUGGCCGGCUCUCUGGCUGGAGCAACAGCACAAACGGCCAUCUACCCCAUGGAGGUUUUGAAAACCCGGCUUACCCUGAGGAAAACCGGCCAGUACUCAGGAAUGUUUGAUUGUGCCAAAAAGAUCUUGAGGAAGGAGGGUGUGAAGGCUUUCUACAAGGGCUACGUUCCAAACUUAGUGGGCAUCAUCCCCUAUGCGGGGAUAGACCUGGCUGUGUAUGAGAGUCUGAAGAACACCUGGUUGUCGCACCAUACCAAAGACUCGGCUAACCCCGGAGUUCUGGUGCUGGUGGCCUGCGGGACAAUCUCCAGUACCUGCGGACAGCUGGCAAGCUACCCACUCGCACUUGUUCGCACACGGAUGCAGGCGCAAGCUACUCUGGAUGCGUCAGACCAGCCCUCCAUGUCCAGCCUGAUGAGGAAGAUCGUAGCCAAAGAUGGAUUUUUCGGACUCUACCGAGGCAUCCUGCCAAACUUCAUGAAAGUCAUUCCUGCUGUCAGCAUCAGCUACGUGGUUUACGAGUACAUGAAGACGGGCUUAGGAAUCUCCUAAUGUUGCUGCAAGUGACUGAAAGAAGAGCAUGUACUGACUUAGAAAUGACUGAAGUAACUCUGAGAAAAGACAGACAGACUUGAAACAUGCAGAGCAUGACUUCCAUCAGCUGGCACAGGAAGCUCAGUGGAUGGAAAGCUGUAUGCAAGCCGCUAUGGGGCGUCUGUCAGUAGCUGAAGAAUUUAUCAGUUGUGGUGAGCAUGCUUUAAAUCUUAUCCUCUUGUUCUCAGUUCACACUCCGUCCUGAAAAAUAUUUGACACAAAGAUAGACACAUGAAAACAUGCAUAACAAGCGGGCAAUAUAAUAUAUAAUGGGUUGGUAAAGUCAUCUUGCUCUUUGAAAAAAAACUGAUCUUGCCAAAAUAUUAGCUCAGCGGGACUUUUCAUUGUGCUCUUUGUCAACAAAGUAACCAUUUUCUCUAGAGAAAGCUGGAGCCUGUGGAACCUGUGAAGAGGUAAUGGUCUUAUUUUAACUGGGGAUGAGGAAAAACGACACUGUGAGUUUAAAUGCUUGAGUCCACACCCUUGAGAGGUAAUUUAACACUUUUUCUUAGUUGCAAACACCUGCCCUGGACUGACAUCAGCUCCACACAGCAGCUGGCAACUAAAAAUAACUGGCCCUGAAGAAUCAAUAAGUUGUUAACACUGGAAAUAGUGCGUGUAUGAAAACACACGCAUCUGGUGCAAUGUGAGAGUCACUAAUUCCACAUUCUGUGUGUUAUUUGAUGAUCAUGUGCCUUACAACCACUCAAUGUAAACUUUCUGACAUGUUUUUUUUUUAACUAAAUAUGUGUAUAUAUAUACUGUAUUUAUGUACUGUAUAUAUAUCUGCUCUCAGUUAUGGUUAUUUAUGCAUUUGAUGAUGGUUACUAUGUGGUAACACAAUAACUAGUCAUUGGACUGAAAUGCUGUUACUGCUGGCAUGUUUUUUUUGUCUUGUGUCACUGCAUUUCAACAAGACCUCCACCCUUCAGAACACACACACACACCCACAACAGGAUACUGUUACAGUUGGCAUUAUGUUACUUGUUCUUCCACACAGCCCAGUGAUGGGGAAAUCUUUAUCUUCCAUGUAAGAUGACAAUCUGACUUUGGUCUUAAUCAUAAGUUCCACUGAUGUGGAUUUUAAGACUGGCCUUGAAUUCACGAUCGCUAACCUGAGCAUGUGGUAACUUAAUGUUGAAUUUAAAACAGUCUUUGCCUGAGGCCUGCCUGUUAAACAAUGGUUCAGCGGUGUCAAGUUGACAGUGGGGAUAAGUGGUUUGAAGAUCACUUAGAUGAAUCAGCAGCUCCACCUAGUGGUUAAUAAAGAACACACGUCUCCAUGCAAACCUGAAAGUUGCUGUUCUGGUGGUGUGUGUCAGUAGAAUAAAAGCAAACCAGAUCACAAUAGUA